CAUUUCCUGGUUGUGUCACCAGAUGUUUUACCCUUACGUCACAAUUUCUGUCGCCCAGGCCCGCGAAAGUGACGAUCUACACCACGCGAUGUCGCCAUUUUCUCUCUUUCUUUAUUCUUUUUUCGGGUGCACAAAUAAUCUUGGGAUAUAUGAGGCCAUGAAGGAUCGUAGCGGUGCAUCCUCCAAAAAGAGGGAGAAGGAGGAGCAUCUGGAGGAGCGUUUGAACUGGGACAGUCUUCACGCUGUGUUGUGACAUAAUUGGCCUUCAGAUGCUCCUCUGAAUGAUGCAGAAGCUGAACUGAGCCUCAUGGUCCUGCUUUGUUUCUGACUGGUGCGGUCCGAGAUGUUGAAAUUCAGCAACGACUUCCUAGAGUUUUGAUCACAUGUAUUUCAAAGACAACUUUGAUGUUUCUUCUUCUGUGAGCUUUACUUUUUCAUUUUUGCUGAGUGUGCAGGUUCACCAGCAGCAGCAGCAUCCUGCUUCACUGCCCUCACCGGCUUUUAUAGGCCGCUGCCCUGCAGUAGAUAGACGCUACUCUGCAAUCUGUUAUAACGUCCGUAUGGUCUCGGUAAUAUGGACGCUGCUGUGUCCUAACAGGAAGCUCUGUUACAGCCCGACGGUGUAAUGGGCUGACAGCACAGAGCUGCAUGAUUAUGUGGUGGCAGCAUCACUCCGAGUCUGGUUACUGUACUCACUACAUGUAAUGUGCUGUGAUCACACACACACUGAGAGGAAGCCAUUAGGUGUGUGUGUGUGUGUGUGUGUGUGUGUGUGUGUGUGUGUGUGUAAGCUAUGUUCAAAUCAAAUCAAGGACAUUUCACUGGGUCACAUGACAGCUCCUCUACAGAAGCUGAAUCAGAGAAUCUGGACAUUUAUUUUUGUUAAAAACGACUCAACAUUAUAAACUGAUCAUCAAAAUAGUUGUUGGUUAAUUAAUCGUUUACAACUAAAUAAUUUAAUUGACUAAUCGUAGCAGUUCUAGUGUUCAGAUAUCAGACUGGUUAACGUGACGGGUCGUUUUGGGGAAAUUCUGAGACUUUUUUUGUCGACUGAAUGUAUCAAAUUAAUCAAUGACCUGAUUAAGAUUUACUGAUAUUAGUUGAUGGUGAUGACAACACAACAACAGAGUGCAGUUAAAAUAGUUUUAAUGUAGACCACGCGAGAUCAAUUCAUUGAUUAGUCGCUCGGUCUAAAAAUAUCAAAUUAAUGUUGAUAAAUUUCUUCCGCAGCCGGAGACGACGUCUCGUUUAGUCCACAACUCAAAGAUAUUCAGUCAAGAAAACAGAAAAUGUGCGUUUUGAUUGAUUAUCAAAGUAGCUGGCGAUUAAUUUGAUCGUUAACAACUUAAUGAUUUCACAGACAUCAGACUGGAUGGUGGACAGCAGAGUGAAGACAGGCGGCUCAUAUCUUGAUGAACAUUUUGAGGCAUUUUAAAUAAUUUUGUAGACUAGUUGUAUCGAAUUAAUCAAUAAACGUGAUCAGCUGAUUAAUUGAUGAUAUUGGUAACACUACAGGGACUCUUUAGGCUAGUUUACAGUGUCUUAAUGUGGCACAAAUACUCAGUCUGGUGAGGAUUCAUCACUUUUGGAUUUUUGGAUCAAGUUCUGGAGAGAACCUGAGUCUCUGAAAGCGGACCUGCUUUGAGAGCUGGUGCUGUUCGACUCUGAUGUCACACACACACACACACACACACACACACACACACACACACACACACACUCAGUGCCUCCUCCAUGGAUCCUUGGAUUUGGGACCGGCCUGCUGGCUCCCUCCCUCUCUCAUUGUGCCAGAUCAGCGGGGCCUUGAGAUGAAUCUUUAAUGACCGGUUCCAACGGCUUAAUGGCCUCUAAUGUUCUGUAAUGAUCUCCCGUCAACGCCAUGUGCGCGGCCUUAAUGGAUCCAAUGCCGUGGAGAAUAGUGCGCUCUGAACUUCGCUUAAUUCCUCCUCUUUUUGUCGAGCAGCAGCAACACAACAGGAAGCGAAGAAAAAGCCAUGAGCACAAGGCUCCGGAGCUCCACGGGCGCAGCAUGACUUUCCCUCUCCGCCGAGCGACCUCAGAGCCCCAGUUAAAGGGCAUUGUGACCAGGCUCUCCAGCCGCCAGGGCUUCCAGCUGCAGAUGCAGCCGGACGGCACCAUCGACGGGACCAAGGAUGAAGACAGCACCUACGCUGUGUUCAACCUGAUCCCGGUGGGGCUCCGUGUGGUGGCCAUCCAGGGCGUCCAGACCAAACUGUACCUGGCGAUGAACAACGAAGGCUUCCUCUACACCUCGGAGCAUUUUACCCCGGAGUGUAAGUUCAAGGAGUCGGUGUUUGAGAACUACUACGUCACCUAUUCCUCCAUGCUGUACCGGCAGCAGGCCUCGGGCCGGGCCUGGUACCUGGGACUCAACAAGGAGGGCGGGAUCAUGAAGGGGAACCACGUCAAGAAGAACAAGGCCGCCGCACACUUCAUACCGAAACCACUCAAAGUGGCCAUGUAUAGGGAGCCGUCCCUCCACGACCUGACUGAGAUCUCGCGGUCAGGCAGCGGCACACCCACAAAGAGCCGCAGCGCGUCGGCUCUACUUAACGGCGGAGGGAAGUCGGCCAGCAACAAUGACUUGUCCUAGCCCCCCCACCCCUCAUACCUCACACACUCACACACACACUCACACACACACACGACUGCACACACACACAGACACACACACAGAUCUCAGGCCGACAUGCCCACACAUCAGGCUGGUGAGGGGGAGCGAGGAGGCGAGGAACGACAGGACGCAGGACAGGAAAGUGUUCUUCCACUUCACGGAGCCCACUGUGACUGACUGUGAUGUAAAUAAAUCAAGGACAAUCAAUCCAUCUGGCUCCGCUGCUCUGGUCUGCAGGUGGGGGGGGGGGGCAGGACCUGUGAAUCUCUUCCCUCGACUACUCUUCCUGCUAAUGUACGAUAACCAGAGAGAACAAGAGAGGCUGAGAGGGACAGAGAGAGUCAGUCAGUCACGUAGUCCGAUAAACAGACUGUUACAGAGAACCAAAGAGUCCGAGUAUUAACUAACUAGGUAAAGGCAGAGAGGAGGCAGGUGGCAAGGAAGUUAGAGAGCGACAAAGGAAGGAAGGAAGGAAGGAAGGAGGGAAGUCCUUAUCUACUCUACCAUACGCUAUGUUUACACAGAGCUCAUGGGGUUAAGUCAUAUUUUUAAAAAUGACGAACGUAUUCCUUGUACACUUAUGAGGACCGAUCAUAUGUUUGCAUGCAGGUGCACCUGUGUGUGUGUGUGUGUGUGUGUGUGUGUGUGUGUGUGUGUGGGUCAAGUACACACUGUGCUUGCAGUAGGAGUGUUGUGUGUGUUUGUGUGAGAGAGAGUGUGUGUGCGCACGCAUGAGUCUGGGGGGUGGUCUGGGAUUUUACCUUUUUAAGAUCUGUUGUAUAUCAGACGAACCUCCUGAGGGCUUUAGCAGGUUAAAAUAAGGUUUACUGUAUAUGCUUCCAUGCUUACUUCUUACAAGCAAUGCUGUUGUUUAUCUUUCUGUUGGUUGUCGUCGUCCUCGCUGUUUGUUUGUUUGUUUGUUUGUUGUUGCAUGGAAGCUUGUGGACCUCUGCUCAGUAGCAGCAUGCCGAAGGUCCUUUUUUUUCUGGUCUUGCGUGUUCCUGACCAAAAGAGAACACUAGUGAGCCAAUAGUGUCGUACCAGAACACUAGUGAACCAACGGGAGGGGACGUCGGAACACCGCUGGACCAAUAGUAUUGCACCAGAACAAGAGCGGACCAAUGGUGUUGGACCAGAACCGGUUUAACCAAUGGGAGCACAGAUUAACUUAAUAUUUUGGUUCCUGCUGUGGACAAAACUAGAAAUGCACUAAAUAAACUCUUUCUAAAGAAGUUACAA